GUCUAGGUGAAAAAGGCCUCCCUGUAACAACCACACCAUCAACAUGGCCCCCACGCUCGCCACUGCCCACCGGCGCCGCUGGUGGAUGGCCUGCACAGCCGUGGUGGAAAACCUCUUCUUCUCCGCUGUCCUUCUGGGCUGGGCCUCGCUCCUCAUCAUGCUCCAGUCGGAGGGCUUCUACUCCUACCUGUGUCACCCACCAGAGAAUGUGACCAUCCCAGCCAAUGCCAGCCUCUCCACCGGCAACCUGACGAGGGCGCAUGAGGAGCCGGUGCGCGUGAACGGCUGGCUCACCUGCAAGGAGCAGGAUGAGAUGCUGAACCUGGCCUUUACCGUGGGCUCCUUUCUGCUGAGCGCCAUCACUUUGCCUCUGGGCAUCGUCAUGGACAAAUAUGGCCCCCGCAAGCUGCGGCUGCUGGGCAGUGCCUCUUUCGCCGUAUCCUGCGUGAUGAUUGCUUAUGGAGCCAGCAACCCUGACUCUCUGUCCGUGCUGAUCUUCUUUGCGCUGGCACUGAAUGGCUUUGGGGGGAUGUGCAUGACCUUUACAUCACUCACGCUGCCCAACAUGUUUGGUGACCUUCGCUCCACCUUCAUCGCUCUCAUGAUUGGCUCUUACGCUUCUUCGGCAGUUACUUUCCCCGGAAUCAAGGUGAUCUAUGACUUUGGGGUCUCUUUCAUCCUCAUCCUACUGGUCUGGGCCGCCUGUGCAGGACUGGUCUUCUUCAACUGCUUCUUCAACUGGCCGCUUGAGCCUUUCCCAGGCCCCGAAGACAUGGACUACACGGUGAAGAUCAAGUUCAGCUGGCUGGGAUUUGACCACAAGAUCACUGGGAAGCAGUUCUACAAGCAAGUGACGACCGUAGGCCGCCGCCUCAGUGUGGGCGGCUCGAUGAAGAACAACAAGGAGAUGGCCGCCUUGCAGGAUGGAAACAAGCUGUGUCUUUCAACCGUGGACCUGGAAGUGAAGUGCCAGCCGGACAUGGCAGCCACCCCCUCUUUUAUGCACAGCGUCUUCAGCCCCAUCCUGCUGCUCAGCCUGAUCACCAUGUGCAUGACCCAGCUGCGGCUCAUCUUCUACAUGGGAGCCAUGAACAACAUCCUGUAUUUCAUGGUGGAUGGUGAUUUGGGGACAGUGAAUCUCUACACCUCCAUCUUCGGGGUCCUGCAACUGCUUUGUCUGGUGACGGCUCCCGUGAUAGGGUACAUCAUGGACUGGAAGCUGAAAGAGUGCACGGACGGCUCAGAAGAGGCAGAGGACAAGGACUCUACUCCGGGUGACAAAAAGAAGCCUCGGGACCGGCAGAUCCAGAAGGUGAUCAAUGCUACGAGGGCCUUUGCUUUCACCAACCUGUUGCUGGUGGCAUUCGGCAUCACCUGCCUGAUCCCCAACCUGCCUUUGCAAAUCCUUUCCUUCAUCCUGCACACGAUCGUCAGAGGAUUCAUCCAUUCGGCGAUGGGCGGCCUCUACGCAGCUGUGUAUCCCUCGACGCAGUUCGGCAGCUUAACGGGGUUACAGUCUCUGGUGAGCGCCCUCUUUGCUCUUCUCCAGCAGCCCCUGUUUCUGGUGAUGAUGGGACCCCUGGAAGGAGAUCCGCUCUGGGUCAACGUGGGGCUGCUGGGCCUGAGCAUGCUCGGCUUCUGCCUGCCGAUUUACUUGAUCUGCUACCAGCGGCGUCUGGAACGGGAGAAGCGGCAGCAGCAGGACGAUGCCAAACUCUUUCUGAAAAGCAACCCGGAGGCCUUUGUGUAGGGGGGACCACGCAGGGGGCUGCCUUCCGAUCUCCCCCGGCCCUCGCUGCCCGUUUCAUCUCCGACACUCCACUGCCUGUCCAGCUCUCCUCUCCACCGCAUGGCUCACGCUGUCUUUUCUAAAAGCCACCAAGGCGGGGUGGGUGGGAGGGAGAGAGAUGUCCGCAGCUUUCUUUUCCUGGCAUCUGAUGGAAACCCUUAAGGCAGGAGUGGCAGCAGGCACUGACGGGGGGUGGGUGGGAUUGCCCUGUUGGCUCUUUAUCCUCACCAAAUGCCCUCUCCCUUCUUGCUGGGGUACAUGACUGCAGGAGGGCCUUGUAUCACCUUUGCUAUUUUCUCUGUGUCCCAGAGCCUGGCUUCUAGCUGGCGGAUUCUGUCCUUCCUUCCCCCAGCUGGGCCCUUCCAGAGGCCUGGAAAGGCUGUUCCUCCAGUGGCCUGCAUAACCCUUUCUUUCAGCUCAGUGUUAAAGCCAAUCCGGGGUGGUGGGCAAGGAGCCUCUCAUGUCCCGAGGCAGGGAGGAGAACGUCUGCGCUUCCCCCUGCGGCAGAAGCCAAGCCCAUCCCCUGGCCCCACAGCCUCCCCUUCCCCCCUUGCCUGCUGCCUCAAGGGAACUCAUCCCCAUGCCUCUGACCAGUGUACCCCUUUCCUUGUUUGGGCCCAGAGAGACAGAGCAACAAUGAGGGGAUGGCUGGGGAGGGGAGCUGCAUACCAGGUGCUGAUUUCGGUAGCGUUGAGGAACACAUAUCUGCUGUGCAUGUUCGACCGGAUGGAUUUUAAAACUGGAAAAGAAAAAGGGGGACAAUGUAAGAGACCCACAUUGGGAAACCCCGACUGGACUCGUCCGUGUUGAGCCAACGGUGGCUGCGUGCAAGGUCACCCUGCUGGGCUGGACGCUUCCAGAGCAACUGUGGCUGGGUGUAGAACUGGCACUGACUGGAGACUCGCCAGGGGGGCAGUGUCGCUGCCGCUUCUGGGCACGUGGACACGUUUCUCUGCACGGAGCGGCCAGUGACCAGCUUUGAAAAGCAAUAAAUAAGGCUGCUGGGGAAGCCCCGGUCUAUCUUGCGGCAGGAGCGCAGAGGGGCAGUCUGACCAGUUUCCUUCUCUCGCGGGGACCUUUUUGCCUGGCGAAAAGAGCAGCGUCUACCAAGAAGAGCCGCCACAGAGCAGGGAGGGCAGGCAUGGGCGGCAGGGGCUCACGGCUCCUCCUCCGUGCACGUGGACGUCCCUACCCUCAAGCCAGAACAGCUGCUGCAAGAAAUUCAAAGGCAAAAGUGGGGGUGUAGACAGAGCUCCAUCAAUUCUCUGGCUCCGGAGAAGGUGACUCAGCAGCCUGCCGGAGCGGCUGUGCCCUCUAGUGUUUCAGGUGGGGAGGGCAGCCUCUGAUGGGUAACUCACAACCAUUCUGGUCUCUUGGUCGCUCAAGGCAAACCGAUGUCCGAUAGCCACGUGUUACCUGUCUGUUCUCCUGUCACCUCUAAUGUAGCGUCUGCCCACAUUUGGGAUUUUUUUUAAAAAAACAGGUGUUGCGUUUUCAA